AUGCUCGCUUCUACCUCUGCACCUCCAACCUCCACUGGCUUCGAAGAUUUCUGUCUUCAGCGUCUCAAAGAUGCGAACAUCAAGCCGCACUACAACAAAUACAACUUUCCCGGGGGCAUGCCGGGCGCGCAGUACGGAGUCGAGCCCUCUGCGCCGUCCGUGCAAUGGAACAACAACAAUGCGCUCGGACUUACGGGGCCGUACAACUUCUCCAUCCCGCAGAGCGCUCUACCCCAACGCGUCAAGAUCGAAGCAACAACUCCAGCACCGCUCGGCGCACCGGCUCAGCAUCAGCAGUCGUCGAGUCUCGUCGCGCGAAAUCGCCGCUUCGCAAACACGAACUAUGUUAGGGUGGACCCUUACAUGAAUGUGCGGGUGAUGCAACGGCAUGCUAUGAGCCCACAGGCGCGUAAGCAUGUGGCGGCCCCGCCGCCCUACUCUGCCACCGCACCGUCGGCGUCCAUGAUGCCUCGGCCUCUUCAGCCGUUCACGUCGCAAGCGGCGACAUCCGAGUCCGCGCUUCUGGUGGCGCCGAAGCCGGUACACGGCUGGCACAUCGAGGCCCUGCAGUCCUUGUCCGCUUUGGGCCACUAUACCCUCAACGCGAGUCAAUCCCAGUCCGCCCCAGCCGCCGUCAAGCUCGAAGAGCAGAACGCGGACAAUGAUGUCCUUCCGUCUGAGCUUGACGCCAACAGCGGCCUCUACCGUGCCUACCGCCACGAUACUGGUCAGCGCCACAUCCUACACAAUCACAGCAUCGAAGCCAAACUCUCCGCUGCCGACCGUGCAGAGCUCGCCGCCAUGCGCAGCGAGGUAUCGAAGGGUCUUCAGCCGAAGACCUGCAGAUUAUCCGGAUGCAACCAUGUCGCGUCAUGUACGCGAUAUCUCGUCAAGCACGUCCAUUCGCACCUUAAGAUCCGUUGGCAGUGCGAUUUCUGCACGAGCAGUUAUGGCGCGAGGGCGGACAUGGUCACUGAACAUGUUAAGAAGGAACAUCCGGAGAUGUUGGCGGAGUUCAAGGAAAGGAGGAUGCGCCGGAGGGCCCCUUUGUUUGAAUCUGUUGAGGGUCAACACGUGAAGGAAGAGUAG